GGUUGUUUUCUGAGUUGGUUUUAAUAAUGCACAAGUAACACAGGGUCACUGGAACAAAUCUGUAAAAGAAAAUAAUAUGAUUUGUUAAAAAAGAUUAAGCUGGUGCCGGGACAGUUAUAAUAAUACUAUGACGUCUUUACCUUAUACGUCACGUUCCAGUGCCUGGUGGACUCUCAGAAACAAUCCCAUAAAAACCAUCUUAAUUCCUUCAGGUGUGUGUAAUCAUCAAUUAGACCUGCUCAUGGGACUCAGAAACAACCCUAUAAACCAUCUCAACUCCUUGGGGAGUGUACAGCCAUCAGUGCAAGGGUGUUUUAUGCCAGACUAAUUUGGCAAUACAUUUGUAAUUUUGAAUUUUUUGGGAUAACACCAAAAAUCAAAGUAAAUGUAGUUAAGAAAUUAGCUGUGCGAAGAAAUGGCAUGUUCACCUUUGUAAUUUUCAUAUAAAACAGCCAGUCAGUUUCCCUGUUUAGUUUAUUGAAAAUGAUGUUAAAAUGCAGUAAUCAUCAUUCCAGGUAAGAUGAUACUGCCAUAUAAUCCUGUCAAUAGUUUAAAGGAAAAAACAUGAUCAUGCGAUCAGAGCGUGAGUAAAAUUUGUUCUAAAUAAAAGUUCGUUCCAUCUGCAUUGGGAAAUUAUAGGUUUAUUAAAACUGAUCUUACCAACAAGAAAACAAAAUAAUUGCACACAUGAAGGGCUGUUAGUAGGAGGUUUUGGAUGAUAAUGAAGCUGUGGACGUGCUCCUUUGAAGGACCUUGUGGCUCUAAUGUGUGACAGGUUCAAGCUAGGCAAAAAGCAACAAGGCUGUGAAAUCCCACCAAUAAUGGUCGUGCAUUCUAGGCCAGGAGCAUGGUCCGCUUGGGGGACGUUCAUUUUCAUUAGUCUAGCCACCAUCUGUUGUGGUAAGUGACCUUUGGAAAUCACUUGGGAUGAGAUUAAUGCUGAUGAUGGAUUUGGUUUUGUAGCCGUGUGGUAGGAGAAGAGUAGGAGACUGAAGUAAUUUGUUACCGUUUGCGGGUGCAAGAUCUUACAUUCAAGAAUGGCUUCUUUGUGUAUAUGAGAGUGGACGCUUUGUUGCUUGACAGUGGCAUCCCUUGAAUGACAUCCCAUUGCAUACCCAACACCGAGCAGCACAUUGAUCUGUAUUUUUCAUCUGAAAUGGAGAAACCAGUUAGAUGUCUGUGCGGGCUGCGGCCUCACAACUACCGUGACAUUCAACCGUGUCCUCUCUUUGUCAGCGAUGAGGAGGCUUUCCAAACACAUCACAUGGCGAGAUCCUCGUCACAUCUUUGUUUUUGUGAUGCAUUUCAGUGCAAAGCCUAUAAAAUCCAACAUCAGUUGAGCUUUGCUAUGCAAUGUCAACAUCCGGUAUCACAAAUUUGAGGGAAAAAGUCACAAAUAUCGAUCAACUUUCUUAUAAAUGCACAAAAGCAAACUUCAUGCUCACAAAAGGCAGUGCCAAUUUCGUUCAAAUUUCAGACCAUUGGCAGAGUGGCUUGAGUAACAUAAAUAUAAAAAGUGAGUCCAGUCCAUUGGGUAACAAAAAAAUUGCUCUGCAUCGUACAGACCUUCAUCGGCCUAGGCCCUACUGCCUUCACCAUUAUUUGAUCCAAGCGUGGGAUUGAGUGCAGAAGGAGUCUUGUUUGCUCUCCGCACAUUGGGAUGCUGUUUUUUUGGUCUUCAUGCGGCGCUGCAAUGCACAGAUCAGGAUGAUUAGCCAUCAAACUCCAGGACCGAUACACCCGUGGGUGGAUGCAUAAUUGCACCCAAGGCUUUAAAGGCCAUAAAAGCUUUCACUGUGUUAUUGUCCGUGGGCCAGGUCAGCAAAAAAUGGCAUAUAUUUCAAUGAGUUGCAUUCGCGAACAAAACUCAUUUCUGCAGCUGUGUUCCCCCAGACAGCCUAUUAGAAUUGAACAAGGUCAGGAUUUUUGUUUUUCUUAGUAAUUUUGCCGUCCGGGCAUUGCAUCACCCUCGUUAUCAUCCGAUUGUGUUUGUCAGAUUUAUCGCAUGUAUUACUGUAUGUGGAGGUGGUUGAUUUUCAACUAGUAUGUUGUGCAGCCAUGGAUUACAGGUGGUGCAUAUUUCUGUAUGCUGUAUGUAUUAGCCGUGUUGUUAUUGGCAGAUUUUGAAGUGCCGUCAUUCUUGCUGGUUGUGAUGCGGACUGGGAUUGCAUUAUCACGCUUGUGUCCCCAGCCUCAAAACUGACUCGGCCGACCGCUUCAUCUUCAAUAUUCAUCUGGCAUUGAGUUCCCUGGAUGGCAUAGGCUGGUGCUCGUGUGUAGACAGGCUGAUGUGCCCACUGCACGGAUGAAGGACUGCCCACUAUUCAUUGGGCUACACCCGAGGAAGGAAACACGCACAAAAAAUACAAUGUAGACUGGUUUGAGCACCUGCCUGGUGCACUAACAGAGCGAUAAGGCUGUUCUCUAAUUGGUCGAGCGCUUGGCACUGGAUGGAGAGUGGAAAAUGUAAAUUAGUGAAACCUGUGUUGGGGGAAAUCUAUGUGUUGGCCGAGUGGGAGCUCAACAAAAUCGGGUAUACUGGUGGGAAGAGGGAGAGAGACUGCUUAUUCCUUAGUGAUGUUAACAUGUAUUUGCUGGGUAUGAUCAUUCCUGGAAUGUGCUACACAGCUCAUGCACAGAAGUGAGUUUAAUUAAACUAGGCCCUACGUGCAGAAAAUACAUAUCCCAGUGAGACAAGUUUGGGAUGCUUGUAAAAUGUGAUGUACCCAAAAUAGGCAGUCUGGAUCCUGGAGCAGAGAAUGAAAAACUGGGUUAUCUGUAGACGAUGUGAACAGUCGUGGUGCACUUUCAGUGAACUCUACACCGUCUUCUGGGUUCCGAGGAACCUCAGCAUGACAGCCAAUUCCCUGCCUAUGCCCGCUCAUCAAGCAAGGAAUACUGUGAUUGGAACAGCAUGUACGCAUCUCGUAAAUACAUCUUGGAUGUGAUCACUGGUUAGGGCUGAUACCAGGCUCUGUCUCAGCUCAUUAAGAUUCUGUUGGCGUGCAGUGCAAUCUGCGUCAUAAGUUCAAAACUUUUGGAGCUGGCGAGUCAUGAUGAAAGCCAGAAGAGUGUGUGUAAUUGAAAUAUAUUGCGUGUGUUGGAAGCUAUAAAUUUGUGAGAAAACACAUUAGUUGAAUGUUUUUAUUUGUUUCAAUUUGGAGGAAGGUACCAGGAUAUAUGCACACACUAAUUACACCCUUGUUAUCGAAGUGGUAAUACUUGAAAAACCAGCAUGACAGCAAAUUUUGGCUUUGCUUCCCGGAUUCCACAUGACUUGAAUCGACACACCUUGGUUGUGUUCAGUUGCACUGGAUUCAUUUUAUACAGAAUCCCUGAGACAUAAAUAUGUCAGUGGGGAUAUGUAUAGCAUCUGCCGAGUGAUGUUUAUUCAGUUCACAUAUAAUACUCAGUGAUGUCCCCCUAACAAGAUACACUGUGUCAUCAAUUGUGACAUUUUCUUGGCAGGCAGGAAAGGCUCGAUGUGUCGUAAAUUAUGCAUGUCUUCGCUGACACUGAAGGUGGCAACUUCUUCUAGAGAAAAAGAAGAUGAAACUGGAGUCUUUUGGGCAGUGUUUGUGAAUCAUCCUUCAGCCUUGGGUUGGGCUGGUUGUGUGUGAUCUUGGGCAGUAUUUUACCACAUAUAAUAGAUUAUGGCAGCUGCAUCUCUUUUGCAGAUGAAAAGCCAGCCUAUCCACAGGAAGUUUAUAACGCAACACUUUCCAUGAACUCUCUGUGCAUGGUGUUGAAUACAUAUAUAUACAGUACAUCCUCUUUAAUGAGAAAGUCUUCUGAAAGAGAACUGGAGUAGUGUUACAUACACUUCUUGAGUCAGUCACAACUUUCUGAGCCCUGAGUCACAAGUUCCUGGAACUCUAUGCUGAAACAAAGUUCAGAUGGGUGAGAGGUUCCACUCAGUGGGCCACCGGGCAAGUUGAAGCAAUCUGCAGUUGGUAGUUGGACCCGUACGUGUAGGUUUUCGUAGGCAUCCACUGGCUACGUGUCUUGGCACCAGUUCAAGUGUGCUUUGUGUCUUGGAAGUGAGAUACAGGCAGACCCAUCUUGAUAAAGAUCAGCUGAAAUUACUGGAGGAGUUUGAACUAGGUUGUGACCUGUAUGGUAUGCCAGACAUAGGCCUAUGUGUUCAGUACGCACAUAUUCGUAUUGGCAUAGGAAACCGUGGCAUGCCUCGGGAAUUAGACAGUCAUUAUGUGUCUACUCUCCAUGUAAUUGCCUGUCGAGUUGUUUAUAUGCACAUUCAUUUUAGAAAUGUCAUAUACCUAUUUUGUCAUGGGUUCUGAAAUUUUGACUGACUUUUAAUGCUUGAGCAAUGUUGUGACACUGACUUGAUUGUUCAUAGGUCCAAAAUUGUUCAGGAACAGUCAGUUUCACCUGACUGUGUUAGGGAACCUUUCUAGUUGGUCAGAACUGGAAGCUGUCAGUUGUAGAAAUCUGCACCUGCAGGCUGUUUUUUCACUUGAAGAGUUCUGCUACAACCUCACUGCCCAGCUGCAUGUAACUUUCUGCAGGAGCACAGCGUUAAGGUGUAAUCACUUCCAUCAUCCUUGUCACGGGGAGCACUCAAGACGGAACGGUCUGCAGCAGUAAUUGGUCCAUAGUCAGCCAUCCUCCAGCUUUCUCCCCCCCCCCCCACUUCUAUCUGUUUUGCUGACACCCAUGACGCUAAACUGUGCCUUCAUGCGGCCAUAUGGGCCCCGCUUGCCACGUUGCUCACAGCGUACCACACCGAGCAAUCUCAGUCCAGUCUCCCCGCUGCUGUCACCAUACAGGGAGCACAAUCCCCCUCUGAGCGCCCAUGAAGGGGGAGAGAUGUCGCGCCUGAGUCUGAAAAUACGCAAGCUCUCUGAGCCAGUUUUCAGCUUUGAUGUUGAGAAUGGCGCCUCACCAAGCCGCAGUCCAGGCAUCGAUGCCGCCAGCCCUUCCUCGGGACUCAUUCUCUCGGCCAACCUGCCUCAGAGAAGAGAGUCCUUCCUGUACAGAUCGGACAGCGAUUUUGACCUGUCACCAAAAUCAAUGUCCAGGAAUUCAUCCAUCACAAGUGACUGUCACAAUGCAGAGGACGUGAUCGUCACACCAUUUGCUCAAAUUCUUGCCAGUUUGCGGAGUAUUCGUAAGAACUACGCCUCGCUCACAGGGUUACCAUCCAAUUUUAGCAGCAGGCAAUCGCCGAAGGACAAGUUACACCAAAUUAAGCCCAACCCGCCCAAUGUUGACGAGAACUAUGGGAAGCUGGCAUUGGAAACCAUGGAAGAGCUGGACUGGUGUCUGGAGCAGCUGGAAUCAAUGCAGACCCAUCGCUCAGUCAGUGACCUGGCUACAAGUAAAUUCAGACGUAUGCUUGGGAGAGAGUUAUCAGCAUUCUCAGAGACGAGUAAAUCAGGCAACCAAGUAUCAGAGUUCCUACUAAGCACAUAUAUUGACAAGAACCCAGACAUCGACCUGCCAGUCCAGCAAUUGCGAGAUGCUCCCUCCCCCUCCCCCAUCCCCAAGAACGCCCCCUCCAGGGUCGACAGCAAGGGCCUAACAACGACUGCAGCGAUGCGACGGAGCAAUGAGGUGGGAAAAGUCAAGACAGUCCCCAAGCUGAAGCACCACAACAGCCUGACACAGGACGUGGUGCCGCGGUUUGGGGUGUCGUACGAGAAGGAGGAAGACAUGGAAAAUGAAAUGGCCCAUGUGGACCGGUGGGGAUUUGAUGCUUUUAAAAUCGAUGACCUUACAAACCACAAACCCCUCACGGCCGUCACAUAUACAAUUCUUCAAGAAAGAGGCUUACUGAAAACAUUUCAGAUCCCCCCAAAGACAUUAAUAGGAUACAUCAGAACAUUAGAGGACAACUAUAAUAAAGAUGUGAAAUACCACAACCAGAUUCAUGCAGCAGACGUCGUCCAGUCAACCAACUACCUUCUUUCAGCGCCAGCACUUGAGAAUGUAUUCACCGACAUUGAAAUCUUAGCAGCGAUAUAUGCAGCAGCAAUACAUGAUGUGCGCCAUCCGGGAUUGAAUAACCAAUUCCUCAUCGCAUCAAGCUCGGAGCUUGCCAUCCUAUACAAUGACGAGUCAGUCCUGGAGAACCACUCAUUAGCGGUGGCAUUCAAGUUACUGCAGCUUGAGAACUGCAACCUGUUUGAGACACUCACCAAAAAGCAGCUACAGCAGCUCAGGAGAUUAGUCAUCGACAUGGUUUUAGCAACAGACAUGUCCAAGCAUAUGAGCUUGCUGGCCGACUUGAAAACUAUGGUGGAGUCCAAGAAAGUUGCAGGGUCAGGCGUGUUAUUACUUGACAACUACAACGACAGAAUGAUGGUUUUAAAGAACUUGGUCCACUGCGCCGAUCUGGGGAACCCGACCCGUCCACUGGACAUCUACCGCAAGUGGACAGAGCGGGUGAUGGAGGAGUUCUUCCUGCAGGGUGACCUGGAGAGGCAGAAGGGCAUGGACGUCAGCCCCAUGAUGGAUCGGUACAAUGCCUCCAUCGAGAAGUCCCAGGUGGGCUUCAUUGACUUCAUCGUGCACCCACUGUGGGAGACGUGGGCCGACCUGGUCUAUCCGGAUGCCCAAGAGCUCCUGGACAACCUGGAGGAGAACCGGGACUGGUACAACAGCCAGAUCCGCAACAGCCCCACGCCCACCUCAGAGGAGGACACCAUCAAGGAGACAGACGAGGACGAGAAGUUCCAGUUUGAGAUGUCGCCAGUGGAGGGUACCGAAGUCAUCCGCAACAACGCCGACAACAACACCCCUGCCAAGAGGGACCCAACCAGGGCGAACUCCAAGGAGUUCUCCCACCCAGAAGUGGUGGAGACAGAUGCCUGCGAGUACAAAUUUGCCAAGCUGAAGGAGAAGUCAUCAAAGGAGAUGGACUUAUAAUGCUGGCCAGGAUGGUCACCCAAUUGAUGCUCAUCGACUUGUGUAUAAUAUUAGUGCAGUUUUAUUUAUCGUAAACUAUGUGCAGAGAGGAAGUCGUCACAACAUUUGGGUACUUUCAAACAAGUUAAUUUGACAAAUUUUGAAAAAAGUGCUGCCAAAUAACAGAAAUAACACUAUUUAUUGAACACAGAUUUUCUUGUAGGAUUGUUUCUUUUUUAUUAUCAAAUGCACAGGUUUUCCACAAAGAGCUGUUGACUAAUACUUUUUUGCACCGUUUCUCGUCUUUAGCCAAUUUAACAAAUAAGGAAUUUUCAAGAAUGGGUAUUUCACCUUGAACUUGGGAUAAAUGGCAUUUGUGGCCCCGAUCUCUUCUCAGUCUGCUAGCCUUUGCCACCUUGAAAAUGCUGCCCACGUGGCAAAUGAUAUACCCAUGGAAAGGUUGCCCAGCAGCAUCACGAGCCCUGAAGCCCUCCCUUCUUGCUUCUUGCUGGCCACGCCCCUACAAGCUGCCCAAAAGGGGAUGUUCACCUACCCACAGACUGCAGAAGGGAGCCGUGUCGUUCAAGCCCAAGUCCAGUGCAGUCUAUUACAAUCCAUGUUUGCACACACCUGCAAUCUCCUCACUGUUGGGCAGGGCCAUGCCGCCUAGCCACAGUGGUUGGUUUCCUUUGAACACGAGAGUUUCACAGGAUACCACUGAAUCAUCCUGUGACCUACUGAACCAGAGACUAAUUAAAUGUGUGCAUUCAACCUGCUGUACACCUCCUUUGGAGCUGCAUUAAAGUGUAAUGAGAUGAGUGCAGCUUACCUGCAGCCACAGUUAACCUGCGUGACCCUUUGUCGUUAGGCUUCACUUGUUUGUCGGCCUUUAGAUUUUUCUCCUGGGUCAAAGGUGACAAAACUCUAAACUGUAGGCACUCGGGCAACUGUUCUACAAAGCAAUAGAUUAACUUCACCGGUAGGACAAGAGUUGUAGGUGAUAAUGUGCUUUGUUUACAUUUCUAGGGCACAUAGGUGUAUAAUCACCUUUGUGUAAAAAAAAAGAAUUGAAGGCCAUGGCCAAUUUAAUAAAGUGGUUCACUAGUUGGGCACUAGUUUUAAAAGACUGAAAGUUAUUAGAUUGCAGCCUCCUUACUUGUUAAGAUUGUUCAUUUAAGUUUGAAUUUACAGGUCCAAAAUUGCCAAAGGACAGUAUUUGUAAUAUCAAAGGUUUUCACGUACAGCAAACUGCAGAACCUGGAAAGAAAUUGUUCCAGUCCUGACGUAGGUUGCAUCUGAGAGUUGUACUUUGAAAGCGAUGCAUUUAUUAGACAAUGCAUAUAGUUUAUGAAAUCACUAACACCUGUUUGACAGAUUUCUUGAUUUCUUGUGCCAAAUUCCAACGUGUAACUUAUUCCUGUUUCCAUCUUUUGCUUUUGAGUCAUUUCUUUUUCUCACAUUUGCUGCUUACUGUGUUACAUCUGAGAACUUGAGAAAAAUUCCACUUGGCUUUCACAAAAAAAAACAGUUUUCUUGAAUCUGUUUAACUUUGACACUAUCGACGUGGGUUGAGGUGUCUGAACAGUAUUAGUACGGGGGGUUCAUUUUGAUAAUGCCAUUUUUUAAUUUUGUGUAAUAAACUCCAAAUGUGCGCUAGUGGUAUACUAGUGUUUCUAAACAUCAGCAUUAAUUUAUUCCAGUGUUAUAUCACAGCAGGACCCAAUUCCGUGGCGCUGCUUACCGCAAAGUCUGUGCUUACAGCGCAAGUAUUUCAUGGGUUAGCAAGGAAUUUUGGCUUGUGUGUAUGCGUAUGUACUGUAACUAAGGAUUCUGUGCUUAAAAGGUUAGCAGAGAAUUUUUCUGCUAGCAUGGUUAGUGCAGAAUGAAAAUCGUAAGCAUUGAAUUCUGCAGCAAGCAGCGCCAUGACAUUGGGUCCUGGUUGUAAUGGUAUCUUUGAGAGUGUCAAAUCCCCACCUUCAUAAAUUACACAGUUUAUACUCAUAGACAGCAGGAUAAGUAAUGUCAAGUUUACUGGCAGACAUUAGAAGAAACUCAAAGCCACAGUUCCACUUGGAUUCAUAAGGAUGGAGUCCCCCCCCAAAAAAAAGGCUCAUAGAAGUAACUGCUUUGCCCAUUUUGGAUUUUGGCAACUUACUGUUUAUUAGAAAGAUACUGAGUUUUACUACACGAUUCAGAAUUGCUUUGUGAACACUUGGUCCCCCCUCCCCCGCAACGAGAAAAAGGCAUGCAUGCAGUCGGUACCCAUGCGAAGACUGUACAUUCAAACCAAUCGUGCUUGCUCCAUGCCCUGCCCGCACAACAGUGUUUCCCACCAAAGGGGCAUCGUUGCCCAGAGGUACAUGAGCUGAAAUUGAUUUUUACAUGCUGUUGAGAGUGAAUAAUCAUGCUGGUGUGCAUUUCACUGAGCUGUGAAGCACACAGUAGCUGGAAACCAGUUAAAAUCAGUACAAUUUGCAUGAAUUUGGGGGGUUGGUUAACUUUUUUUACCAAAUGUUAACCCAGGCAUAUCAAAUUUCUCUAUGCUGCAGUUUCCGAACAUAUGUUGGCAGAAACCACUAAUCCCAAAAAAAGGUGUUUUCUCACAAAACAGCUGUUGUUACCUCGAAAUGUUCCCCAAAAUUAGACAAGUGAUUUAUUUCCUUUUUGGAUAUGGUAUGCGUGUUCCAACUCUCUUGUAUUCAGCUUGUACCCCCCCUUCCCCUCAAGAAGAUUGGCAAUUUCUUUCGUUUUGGGUUUGCCUGUAAAGUUCUGUUGGCCAACCUUUUUUAUGCACGCACUGGCGAGUCAAGUAUUUUAUGCAAGUUGUAUGGCCUACCAAGGUCAGGAAUGUACAUUUACUUGAAGAAAACAUGGUUGUAUUAAUUAGAAGAUUGAGUGACUCGGCAAAAGUAGGGAUGGUAUUCCCAAAGAUAACGUAAUAUAAAUAAUGUAAAAGAUUAUGUAAAUAUUGGUUGUAACACUGUACAGAGUAUGCGUGUGUGUUUUAGGUACCGCUGUAUAUCUACAUGUAGAUACCACCCAGGACACACUGUCAAACUGUACAUAUAAUUAGACGUUUUCAGUUUUCUGAAAGCAAAAUAUAAUCUUAUAUUAUACCUCAUAACAUUGUUUGAUAAUUAUUUUGCAUUAAUAUUUAAGAAUUAUGUUCCUUGAAUAAUUGGAGGACUUAUUAGAAAUAGUGUGAAUAAUUUAAAAUAGAGCUUUCAAGUAUUAAAAAAGCCCAAAUUUGAAGUAAUAAAAAAAUCACUGUUCUGUGGCAUGUGUUUGAUAUCAUAUACCUAGCCCCCACAUAGGCUGGCUCAUGGUAUUCAAGUGGGGCCCAGUUUCAUGAAGCUGCCUGAGAGAAAUAGUUCUUAGGCCACAUCCAAAGAACUUGGUUGUGGCUCGAUAUCAUACACAAGUCUAUGGUUGUGGCUGCAGCCACUUCUCAUAUAAGCCACAGCCAAAUGAUUCAGACAUGGUCUUGGAAAGUUUGUCUGCUGAGCAAUAACUGGGAACCAGUUACAAGAGGUGUACUUCGCAUGACUUCUUUUAUCUUGUAACCUGUUUUUGCUAAGCAGAUAUUUUCCCCACUCGGGGCUAAAAGCACCUUGAAAUUGGGCCUAGGUUGGCUGGAAAGAAGUACAGGAAGGCCUCAAAAUGAGGGAUUUGAUAUUCGAAUUCUCGUAGUCAUUUAUGCAGCCAAUCAUGCGACAGCAGUUUGUGGGACAUAACUUAACAUUGGUCAUCAGUGCAUGGUAACUAAAAUGCUAUGAAGGAUGUCAUUGGUAGGAAAUCAAGACAAGCUGUGCAGACAAACUUCUAUGCAUAUAAUCGCUCUUGGUUUUUUACAUGUAAAUUUGAAUUUUGAAAGGUGUAUUCUGGGGAGCUUGUGGCAGAUUUUUGGUGUUUUUUUUGGUUUUUGGGGGGUGGGAGAACUUUGGCAUUGCUUGAGUGUCAGAAGUAUUUGAAAUUGAAAUUCCAAACCAGUGUAAGAAACCUUUGUAUUUGUCAAAACAUAUUGUUCAGAUUUGCAAUACUUUUGCCAAUUGCACUUUGUUUUGAGAUGGUCUCAGUCGGUAGAGAAAAGUUAGGAGCAACAAUGUAAAUUGUAUCCUGAAGUUCAGAUUUUCAUCUUCACAGACUAUUCUAGAGGCAGAAAUAGUGUUAAGUAGGUUUUCAACAACGGUACACCAUUGGUAAGAAUAUGUUGCAUGCUUGCAUAUCUUUUCACAACACAAUACAGUCCUCACCAAAAAAAAGAGAAAGUUGUUUCUUUAAAAAUUCAAAUAACAUACAAGAACUUGCAAGGAAACGUAAAGAACAGUUGUCCUUGAAUGUCCACAAAUACAAUUCCAAAUGAGAUGAUUAAAAACAGACGUGGGACCCAAAUUGUCACUGUAGGCUGCCAGUUUUUAAGUUAACAUCAUUGGACAAGAUUUUUACAGCUAGACAGCACUGCUAUGCACUGCAUACAUCAGUAUACUGGGCAAACCUCAGUAUUUAAAAUUAAGGUUAAAAUCUUAUUUUGUCUCAUUUUCGAUAGUAUUUUUGUCUCUAAAAUCUGCGAUUUAGAUUGCAUACGGCACAAUCACUACCUGAAGUCAUAAUUGCCUCCUGCUACCCAUUUGUCAUGUGAAAAUGGUUCAUGCACAGAGUAUUAUCAAAACAAUCAAGAUGGAAACCCUGCUCGCGUUGCCAUUGGUUCGCAAUCGCAGUUUGAAAAAGGCGAUUUCACUCAGGGCACUACUUUAAAAACUACUUCAGAUUUAUGCAGCUAUUUCUUAUUGACAGCCAAAAUCACAUCUUAUACCUUCCCAUCCCCAUUCAUCAGACAGUAUACCCAAAUUAAAUUCAUGAGUCUUCGGUUUUUGAGGGCAAGUGGGUAAGGUUUGUUCUUGUCCUACCUGCACUCUCCCAUGUCUAUUGGGUUUUCCCCCUUUUAAAACGGACAUUUAAUGCGUGAAAUAAUGUUGUAAUAUUUUACCCUGUUUCCUGAUUUUGCCAAUGGUGUAUUGAUGCUGAAAACUGAGUUUUGUCACCGUCUCAAAGAAUGAAUUGAUGCACAGAAAUGAAUUUAAAAAAAAAAACUCCGAGAAUAAAUGAGUCCAUCACAAAAACGUCA